AUGGUGGAGCCGGUGAACGAGAACGAGGAGGAGCUCUCACUGUUGUCUCUAAACAGCAACGUUGACGGGUCAUGGCGGUUAAACUUCGACGGCUAUCAGUUAUCACCAGAACGCAAAGAGAAAAAACCGUCUCGUGGAAUCCAUGAUUGCUAUGGAGUUUUAGGUCCUGAAGAUGAUGUAGCUGAGUACUAUCAGCAGCAGGUGGAGAUGCUCGAGGGCUUUAAUGAAAUGGAUGCUUUGACAGAGCGUGGAUUUAUUCCUGGGAUGUCGAAGGAAGAGAAGGAAAAUUUGGCUAGAAGUGAGACCUUUGCAAUUAGAGUAUCAAAUUUUGCAAAUAUGGUGCUUUUUGCUGCUAAGGUUUAUGCAUCUGUCAAAAGUGGUUCAUUAGCCAUCAUUGCAUCCACAUUAGACUCUCUUCUUGAUCUUCUGUCUGGCUUUAUCCUCUGGUUUACUGCAUUCUCUAUGCAAACACCGAACCCUUAUCAAUACCCCAUUGGAAAGAAACGUAUGCAGCCUUUGGGGAUUCUUGUUUUUGCCUCUGUUAUGGCAACUUUAGGAUUGCAGAUUAUAUUGGAAUCAUUACGCACAUUGCUGUCUGAUGAGAGUGAUUUUGAUCUGACCAAGGAGCAAGAGCGCUGGGUUGUGGGCAUUAUGCUAUCAGUGACUUUGGUAAAACUCAUGUUGAUGGUUUAUUGUCGGUCAUUUACUAAUGAGAUCGUCAAAGCUUAUGCCCAGGAUCACUUUUUUGAUGUUAUUACAAAUAUCAUUGGCCUUAUUGCUGCACUUCUUGCUAAUUACAUGGAAGACUGGAUGGAUCCUGUCGGCGCUAUAAUUCUGGCCUUGUACACCAUUCGCACAUGGUCAAUGACUGUGUUGGAGAAUGUGAAUUCUCUCGUUGGAAAAUCAGCUACACCAGAUUAUCUACAAAAGCUAACAUACCUUUGCUGGAACCAUCACAAGGCCAUUAGACACAUUGACACAGUUCGGGCAUACACCUUUGGGUCUCACUACUUUGUCGAGGUGGACAUUGUCCUGCCUUCCAUCAUGCCCUUGCAGGAGGCUCAUGACAUUGGGGAAUCUUUGCAAGAGAAGCUCGAGUUGCUUCCAGAGAUUGAGCGUGCCUUUGUCCAUCUUGAUUAUGAAUGCACCCACAAACCUGAGCAUGCACAGUCGCACUCUUAG